CCUCAAGAUGGCAGCAGUGGUAGAAUUCAGCAACAUCCAUUCAGCGUCUAAAAUGCCAGAAGAAGAUGAUGCUAAACACAGUUUUCAUCACAGAAUGUUCUUGGAACCUCAAGAGAGGAAGAGGAACGUGAAGGCUCUGGUGGUUCAGCAAGCGAAGAAAACGUGCAGCUGCACUCCAGCCAAAGUUAAAGACUGUGUUUUCAGUCUCCUUCCUGUCUUGCAGUGGCUUCCCAAGUACAAACUGAAAGAGUAUCUACUGGGAGACAUAAUGUCUGGCUUGAUUGUGGGGGUCUUGCUAGUCCCACAGUCGAUUGCCUAUUCUCUCCUGGCUGGACAGGACCCUAUUUACGGCCUUUAUACAUCCUUUUUUGCAAGCAUUAUUUAUUUCAUAUUUGGAACCUCCCGCCACAUCUCAGUUGGCAUAUUUGGUGUACUUUGUCUGAUGGUGGGACAAGUGGUGGACCGUGAGGUACAAAGAGCUGGCUAUGACUUAGAGCCAGCUGCUCUUAGUGUCCAUGCAGAUACAGGAACAUACAUAAACACCACCAUUUCUCCUGUGAAUCAGACAUCACGACAGCCAUUCUGUGAUAAAAGCUGCUAUGCAAUUACCGUGGGAGCCACCAUAACCUUCAUAGCUGGAGUUUAUCAGGUGGCCAUGGGUUUCUUUCAAGUGGGCUUUGUCUCAGUGUACCUCUCCGAUUCAUUGCUCAGCGGAUUUGUCACAGGUGCCUCCUUUACCAUCCUAACCUCACAAGCCAAGUAUCUCCUGGGCCUAGACAUUCCACGGAGCAGUGGCAUUGGCUCCCUCGUAACCACAUGGAUAAACAUCUUCAGAAACAUACACAAGACCAACAUUUGUGAUCUCAUCACCAGCUUCUUAUGCCUUCUUGUUCUCGUCCCAAGCAAAGAGCUUAAUGAACGCUUUAAAUCCAGGCUUAAGGCUCCAAUACCAGUUGAAUUAGCUGUGAUUGUGGUAGCUACUUUGGCAUCUCACUUUGGGAAGCUAAGAGAGAAUUAUGGCUCGAGCAUUGCUGGACACAUCCCAACAGGGUUUCUCCCGCCUCACCCUCCAGACUGGAGCCUGAUCCCUAGUGUGGCUUUGGAUGCUCUCCCCAUAGCUAUUAUUGGCUUUGCCAUCACUGUGUCCCUCUCAGAGAUGUUUGCCAAGAAGCAUGGUUACACUGUGAGGGCCAAUCAAGAGAUGUAUGCCAUUGGUUUCUGCAACAUAGUUCCCUCUUUCUUCCAUUGCCUUACAACAAGCGCAGCUCUUGCCAAGACUCUUGUCAAAGAGUCCACAGGUUGUAGGACACAGGUAUCUGGCAUGAUGACUGGUUUGGUCAUCCUGUUAGUCCUUCUUGUGAUUGCACCUUUAUUCUAUUCCCUUCAGAAAUGUGUCCUUGCUGUCAUAACCAUUGUAAACCUCAGAGGAGCCCUGCGGAAGUUCAAGGACCUGCCCAAAAUGUGGCAUUUGAGCAAAGUGGACACAGUGAUCUGGUUAGUUACUAUGGCAUCCUCAGCACUCAUCAGUACUGAGAUUGGUCUUUUGGUUGGUGUUUGCUUCUCUAUGCUCUGCGUCAUUUUUCGAACUCAGAGACCAGAGGCACCGCUGCUUGGCUGGGUGGCAGAGUCUGAAACAUAUGAAUCCCUGUCUGCUUACAAGAACUUGCAAACCAAGCCAGGCAUCAUGGUGUUCCGUUUUGAAGCGCCCCUCUACUACAUCAACAAAGAAUGCUUUAAAUCCACCCUGUACAAGCAAACUGGAGUUAACCCAGUCUGGGUAAAGGCAGCAAAGGAAAAGGCAGCAAAGAGAAUGCUUAGAGGGAAAGAGGUAGAUUCUGGUGGCAACCAGACCAGCAUCUCGGUGGAACUUGUCUCUGAACCCCUGGGGUUUCACACAAUAGUGAUUGACUGUUGUGCAAUGCAGUUCCUGGACACGGCAGGAAUACGUACGCUCAAAGAGGUCUGCAAGGACUACGGAGAGAUAGAUGUCCAGGUGCUACUGGCCCAGUGCAAUCCUUCUGUGAGGAGUUCCCUGAUCCGGGGGGAAUUCUUUAAAGAGGGCGAGGACCACCUUCUCUUCCACAGUGUGCAUCAGGCUGUGGACUUUGCAUUGGGUGCGCAGGAGCACAACAGGAGCUGUGCUUCUAAAAUCUAGUUGUGGGAAGGCAGCAAUUAUGAGUGGGUCCCCCCACAAGAUGGGUGUGGGUUGAUAUAUUUGCAUAUGCGUUAUAUAUGCACUCAGACAGAUAAAAAGAGGCAGGCUUGUUGUUAAUGCAUUGGUUACUACCAGUACGUUUUGAUGCUUUAAUUUGCCUGCCGAGUAUAAUGAGUCAAUAGGUGGUACUAAAUGAAGGCAAUUUUUAACUUGAUCAUGGCCGAUCUGUGAACCUAAGAGUUUACGUACAUAUGUUCAUCUCAUUUCUCUUCUCUCUUGAACUUUCCAUGCCCCAGCUGCCCUCUGAGUUUAGACUAUCAGCAUUGAGGUCUUUAUUACAAAACUGUCUUUCUAGAAGGGACUCGAUUUUGAAGCUGUCCGUCCUCCCUGGCUAGUUGGAUAACAUAUGGCAGUUCAUUUCUUGUCCCUAGUUCUGGCAAUACUCUUCCACACAAUCACACCCUCAUAUUGUCUAAGGAAUGACUGACAGGGACUGUUUGCUCUGGAGUGAUUGUUAGUGAUUUUGUUGCCUUCCUGAUUUUGAGACAGAAUCUGAAAAUGGAGCAACAAGUUCCAUGUUAAAGAGUAGCUUAUAACCACCUGUCACCUCUAGAUGCUUUGUCAUUGUCUUCUGACAGUAUAAUGCAGCUAGAUCCAUGGGGGCAUAGUUAUUUAAAUUUCUACCCAGAUCUUUACGUGCCAGGAAAGUUUGCCUCUUUAGCUCAAAUUCCAUUGGAUAAUCUGGACUGAUUUUUAAUCAGAGGUGAUUCAGAAGUCUGAUUCAUGCUUAUGGUUAAUCAUUUGUUUUCCUAAUAUUUAGUAGCUCUUUAGAAUUGCAGAUGUUAGAUACAGAAAAUCUCCAAUUCAUGAGUUUCAGCGAAGCAAGACAGUGCCUUGCAGCCAGUUUUAUAUGCCAGGUAGACAGAAGCAUGGGCAUGAAAAUGAAAAAGGCCUAAUGGACUAUCCAGCCUCUCUAAAUUUGUCAGUGAUGUCACACAGAUUUCACGUGUUGUUGAAUACAAGUGUCAUUGAACAUAGAGCCUUUAUGCAUGCCCUGUCGUGAUCUUUAUGCAGUGAGGCUGGACAGGCCAAGAAAUACAGGCAUUAGAGGAGCCAGAGAAAAUUCUUCAGCUGAAAGUUACUUCACUGUAUUAGUGUAAAUAAAACUUUCUAGUUUGCUUUUAAAUUAUCCAGAAUAAUGAAGAAUGCCUGUUUUUCAUGCUAUAAUGCAUGAAAAGCACAGUGCAUAAAGCACUGAAUAGGAAAAGGUUCUCUUUUCUAAUAGCAACGCGUACAAUUAUGAAGGCAGAAUUGAAGGAUCAACAUUUUUUACUGAGUCCUAGCUAUACAUAGCCCACAGUACAUACCUGGAAGAUUAUGGUUCUCCCAGAGAAAUUUACGGUCUGACUUGUCAGUUCUUCAUAGCUUUUAAAAGAGAAAAGGUGUGGUACACAGACAAUAUUGUUAUCCGUAAUAGCUCAGAAAUCUUCAGUCAGGCAUUAGAAAGUCAUAAAAUGGAAUGUGAAUCAUGAAACAUUUUCUAAAUAGAAGUAUAUUUUGAGAGGGUUUUUUUUUUUUUGGAGCUAGGACUAGUAGCUUUUCUCUUCUUUCUGUGAAAGCUGAAAUGGUCAUGCAUGAUUUCACUUUAGGAGUUAGGACCUCAAGAGGAGCAAUAGAUAGCAGAAGGAUGAAUCCCAGUAGCUGACAAUCUUUAUAUGUUAGCUUGAUAUUAUUACAUUUUCUAGGGCAUCAUAGAAGCAAAUAGAAGAAAUACUGGGGGGGCGGGGAGGUUGGCCAUAGCAUAUACUAAGAAGGUAACAGACUUACUGUUGUAGCUUUGCAAGAGGAAAUGACAGAUCUCCAAAUAUUAGAGAAAAGUGAAGCUUCUGCAGUAUUCAGGAGCCUAAAUAUUUUUCUUUCUCAGCCUGAAGGCAUGUUGACAUAAGGAAAUGAAUCCAAAAUAGCCACUGCUGAUUUUUUUUUUUUCCUUUCUGCAAUAACUUCCUGUGCCAACUUUUUUAUUCUGUGCUAAUUCAGUUUGACUAAUUGCAAUUACUGUUUUAGUAUUACCGAAGUGGAUUAGCCUAAGCCAUAUAAAAGCAUGUUUUUGAGGUGGAAUCACCUUUCAGCACUGUUUGCUCACAGUACCAAAAGGCAUCAUUAGAAUUUAAGUUUUAAACAAAAGCCUGACCAUCAUUUUAAACACUAAUUUUAACAGUAGUGUUUUUCAAGAGAGCAGAGUAGUGCUAGAAGUAGUGCUCUCUUCUAAAAGUCCUGUUGGGAAAUUAAAAUACAGCAGACAAUGAGCAGUACACCUUGUCACUGUACAUGUUCUGCCAAGCAGCAGCUGCUCCUUUUCCAUCCCCUUGCCAGAUGUUCUCAGCCCGUCAGUCACAGCUCAGUCAUGUACAGCUGAGAGGGAAUGAAAGAGUGAGUAGCUGGUCCAGUGGACCAGGAGACGUCCUCUAAGGAAGAUCAGGCAGGGGUGGAUAGAAGUAAAGUAGAAUUGCUUGGGGUGAUUCUUUCCCCUUUACACUCAAGACUUUUCUCUUUCCUGUACCCUUUCCACAUAGCCAAUUGGAGAUUCCUUGCCCUAUGAGCUUGUGUAGCCAAAUUCUAACUAAGAAGGUGCAAACAGUAAUUAUUUAGCAACCCCCUUUUUUUUUCAAAUCCAAGGUAUGAAGGUAGGAUUAGCAAUGCUACUUCCAAGAGUGCAGGCUUUCCACAGCCAGCAGGAUGCUUGCUUGCAGCUCUUGGGUAUUUGCAUAAAAGCACUAUAAAACAGUCAUGAACUGGAUAUCAAAGAAUUAAUUUAGAUUGCAGUUAAAAGCUACAUGGUAGUGAUUUAUGUUUCGCUAGAGCACAUUUUAUUUGGCCACUGUGCUGUUUGCGCAGUCACUAAUGGCAAUUUACCCCUGAAUUCAAUUUCAAGCAAAACACAAAAAAGCCGUAUUAAAAUGCAACAGCCAAAGUAACCAGCCAACCAAAAGAUCAACUUUUUAUAUUUCUAAUAUAAUGUCCAGAGGUCAUAGCUUAUGCUCUCUAUUAAUGCAUACAGCCCCCGUUAGAAGGGAGCAGAAAUAAAUACCAGUUACUGGAGCAUUCAGUAGAAUAGUCCUUAGGCGUUAACUAAAGAUUAGAGCUUGUCAUGAUUGGAAUAUCUUAAAACAGUGGUUUGCAGCCUUCCUUAUAGGCCCAGUACUAAUUUUUUAACAGAGGCGUGAAUCCAAGCAAAUUUAAGCCUACUGGCAAGAAGCACACUUUUUUUGAAUAUCUUUUAUGGACCUUUUAGAAGUAAUGCAAUUUCACAUUUAGGACUCAGGGACCACAUAUUGAAAAUUGUUGCCCUAAAGAAUUUGUUUUAAAAAGAAAUUUUAGAUUUUUUUUUUUUUGGCUGAUGUAUGCGGCAGGUAUAUGUGUCCAGUUGUGCCUUUGUGAUGUGCCUGUUUCUGUCCUGGAAAGGACUGUUCUGUACAAUUUUAAAUAACUAAUGGCACUCAAGUGCCAGAUUUCAGAAGGAGAAGUCUGCCAUACCUACUGUCUUCUAGCCAUUUCGUUAUCCUCACUGCAAAGCUUAAUUUGUGAUCUACUGGAAGACGAAACCCCCAAAUGAUCAUUUUUGUAAGCAUAUGGGAAUAUUCCUCUGUCAAAAGCAGUGACAUUAAUGCCAAGUGCAACCUUCAGAACUCGGGGCCAGAGUGGCAGAUCGUAUAAACUAGUUGAACUCUGUUGACUCCAUUCCCAAGUGUCCUAAUCCAGCGAUUAUCAGUUUAAAUGAGGAAUUAAGAGAUCAUUAGCACGGUCAUUAAUGAUAACAACACAACAUUAUGGAAAUUAAUACUUACAGUCUCAGCAAUGCUCUUGCCAAAUACUAGUCACUCUUUUAACAUUUAAUGCUGCUCUAUAUAGUAGUUUCAAUUGCUCCUAAUGUGGCUGUUGCAUUAAUAAAUGAUUCACUUGUGUGAAUGUUUUCACACUGAAACAAUUUUCAGUCCACUUUGUAAAACAGGGAAGUGUACUGCAGUGAUGUACGUGGUACUUAUUUUUGAAUUUAUAAUGACAUCGUAAACCUUAGUUUUCUGCAAUUUAGUGAUCUUGAUUACGCCGUAAAUCAUUGCAGCACCAUCUGUUAUUCUCUAAUGCACUACAAAAUGCAGAAUUCACCCACUUUGACACUUGCUUCUGUGUUUUGCUCUAAAUGACAUUGCGUAUGAUUGACUGUAAAUAGAAGAAUCAUUGUGUCUGUAUGUCUUGCUAUUACCUGUGACCUGGUACUCAGUUUUGAUGCCAAAUCUUUUCAUAAGGCUAAAGCUUCUAAACAAAGAAUGUAAAACCAAACCAACCCUGUUCUGGGUUCUGAGGUUGGGAGGAGGGGAUUCUGGGCAGCUGGCAGGGGAGUACCACUGUGUGUAUCCCUUUCCGUGAGAGGGCAAAGUAUGUGAAUAUGCAAGGGUUUGUGUAGAUCGACAAGUAAUAAUGCCUUCCAGGAAAAAUAAGCUAAUUUAGAGAUGUCUUUAUUACGAGGACACUAUGUAUACACAGCUCUGUGCCUUUUUCCAAAAUGAGCGCAAUAGUAACACGGGGACCUAGUUCCUGUUCAGUGCUGCUCUAUGAGUCAGUGUUCCGUGCUAUGUGUAGAAGGGAUUUCUGUUUUCAUGCCUAUUUAUUUUUGUCUAAUUUAAUCUAAUUCUGCACUUGGCUCUCCCAUCCUGGAAGGCUGAGCUUCCAAUAUUUCUGCACUCAUUCCCCAUCUGGCUACAGCAAUGAGCAGAAAGAUUCUCCCUCUCUCUCAAGAAAGUAACCAGCAGUUUCUGCGUCUCUACUAGCUAUUGCUGACUUGUGCCAAAAGACACUGAAAUCCACUGGUGAUGGGUCUGAAGUGCAGAGCCAAGAUAGUGCAGGCAGGAGAGCAUCCUGGCCAUUGCACUAGGGUUUUAAGUCAGUUGAUACCUGCAGCCUCCCACAGCGUUGUGCUGAGAUCAGCUGUGAACUUGUGUCUGCGCUGGAUCCUCAGUUUCCAUUGUUGUUCAGGCUUUCCGUGGCCAAACCUUACUUGAGAAAACCAGCAAUACUGCAUGUCUCCUUGGGUCCAGUUCACUGCAUGUCUCCUUGGGUCCUCGACUCUUUCACCUAAAGGCAAUGCUGACUCCCUUUUCCCCACCAUGCUUAGCUCUCUGCCACGAGCACCAGUGCUGUUGGUGCUAAGAGUUUUAAAGUAGGUUGGAGCUGAGUCACUCAAUGCAUUUCCAGGGUGAUCCUCAUUUCAGAAGUAGUGCAGAAACACCCAGGCUGGCCUUGCGCUGAGCCACACAGGUCCAGGGCUCACCUGGACUUUGCACUGGACCUCAACUCCUCUGUGCUCUCACCUCAGCGGGGAGGCACGGCUGGCCAGUAGGAAAGCACUAGUCUAGAAGAAGAGCAUAGAAACUGGAGCAGGAAGAAACCCCAGGCAAAUAGUUCGUUGCAGGGUAUGUUCUUUGGUUUUUUGUUUUUGUUUUUUUUUUUCUUCACGCUCUUUGGAAAGAUGAUCCAAUGACUGGGGUGAGCUAAAUUUUUAUUUUUAGUUUUUUACCAACAUAAUUAUGUUAAUGAAGCUGUGAUGCAGAUAGCAGCCAUCUACUGCUAAUGCAAUAUAAGGUGCUUUAUAUCUGUAUAGCUUAUCUUGCUUUGCUGAAUCUCAAUCUAGGAUACCAUUGUAAGACUUUUAUAUUGAUAAACCUGUCCUCACUAAAACGGGUUUUGCGCUUUUACUAUGCUGGCAUAGUUAAAAGGGGCAAUGCCUUUAGUGCAGAUAUGGCACUGUGCCUUUGCACUGUGAAUAAACUUGUUAAGUCCCAAGAAUUACUUGCACUUGAUUAUGCAGUUUGUAAGCCUUUGUAUGAUCAGCUGCUUACAUGAAAAACUGCCUGAUCUUUUCUAUUCUAAUAGAAUUCCACCUGAAGUGGAACUAAGUUUUAAGUCUUACUUUAUUUUUUAAGAUCUUUACAAUGCUAGAACUGAGGCCUCUGGUUAGGUAAUA